AUACAAGAGUAGAAUGGAGCUGGGGACAUACAAGCCACCUUAUGCGAAAGACAAUCACGGAUAUGAAGAGACGAGAAAGACCUCCACUUGCUAGCGACGCAAGCAGAGAACAAAGGAGCUAAAGUGCCAAAGCCCUCGCCACGGCGCAUUUACGUCUUUUGUGGCCAUGAAAGGACUUGCAUGGCCUGCACGGCCACGGCGCUUCUUUCGGCGGCAUUUCAGCCACUGAUGGACGAGAUAUCAUUGGCCAAUCUCCUUCUUUGUCGGAACGAAAUCGCGUUUUGGCGAACAUCGCAUAUAUACGCAUCGGUGGCAACAUCCGCUUCAUCGGCGUCGAUACGACCUGUUCAAAUGAUGUCAAGCUCUCGUCCUGGACCAGUCAUACGAGAGCAAGCUGUCCGAGCGCCUCCUUUGUUCGCCCUGUUCUCCAGCUAACUGAUGAUGUCUGUCUUGCGUCUCUCGGAGGAAACAAGCGAA